GCUAGACCGGGCUAGAGAGUAGCCGCUGGCAUGCUGCUCCCGCUGCUGCUCGCUGCGCUCUGCCUCGCUGCCCGUCCGGCGCCCGCGCGCGCCUGCCAGCUGCCGUCGGAGUGGCGACCCCUGAGCGAGGGCUGCCGCGCAGAGCUGGCCGAGACCAUCGUGUAUGCCAAGGUGCUGGCGCUGCACCCUGAGGUGCCUGGCCUCUACAACUACCUGCCCUGGCAGUACCAAGAUGGAGAGGGAGGGCUCUUCUAUUCAGCCGAGGUGGAGAUGCUGUGUGACCAGGCGUGGGGCAGUAUGCUGGAGGUGCCCGCCGGCUCCAGGCUCAAUCUUACAGGUCUGGGCUACUUCUCCUGUCACUCCCACACGGUGGUUCAGGACUACUCCUAUUUCUUCUUUGUCAGGAUGGAUGAAAAUUACAACCUCUUGCCCCAUGGAGUCAAUUUCCAAGAUGCCAUCUUUCCAGACACACAAGAAAACAGAAGGAUGUUUUCCAGCCUCUUUCAGUUUGCUAACUGUUCCCAAGGGCAGCAGCUGAUGACCUCAAGUGACUGGGAGAUCCAGGAAGACAACAGGCUCAUGUGCUCCUCGGUGCAGAAGGCCCUGUUUGAGGAAGAGGACCACGUCAAGAAGCUGCAGCAGAAGGUGGCCACCCUGGAGAAGCGCAACAGGCAGCUCCACGAGCGGGUGAAGAAAGUCAGGUCUCUGAGGCAGGCGCGGAAGAACAGCCGCCACCUGGAGCUGGUCACAAAACUCAACGAGAAGCUGGCUGAUGCAGGUGCUCAGCAGCACAUCAACGCUCUGGGCCCCGGGAGCCCGCGCGCCCCCUACCUGCACGGGUAG